GCGGGAUUCCCUUGCCUGCCUCUCCGGGCUCUGCACGGGGCGCGCAGCGGGGCCAGCACAGAUGGAUUUAAUUCUAGUCCUUUGGGCUUGCGUGGCCUCUGCGAGAGCAGUUGUCGGAUUUGGAAUGGAUCCCAAUUUACAAAUUGAUAUUAUCACAGAACUGGAUCUUGUGAAUACAACUAUUGGAGUUACGCAAGUGUCAGGACUACAUGCUAGCAAAGCAUUUUUAUUCCAAGAUGUAGAAAGAGAAAUCCAUGCAGCGCCCCACGUGAGCGAGAAGUUAAUUCAACUCUUUCGGAAUAAAAGUGAGUUCACGUUUCUGGCCACCCUGCAACAGCGGGCAUCAACUUCUGGAGUUGUACUGUCCAUCCGAGAGUUGGAGCACAGCUACUUUGAACUGGAGAGCAGCGGCCUGAGGGACGAGAUUAGAUAUCAUUACAGAUUUAAUGGAAAGGCAAGAACAGAGGUGUUCCCGUACCGGAUGGCAGAUGGACAGUGGCAUAAGAUUGCACUGUCACUUAGCGCAUCCCACCUUCUGCUUCAUGUUGAUUGCAACAGGAUUUAUGAACGUGUCAUAGAUCCUCCAGAAAUGAAUCUAACGCCAGGAAGCAGUUUAUGGCUGGGACAGCGGAACAGGAAACAUGGUUUUUUUAAGGGUAUCAUUCAAGAUGUGAAAGUCAUCUUUAUGCCCAAUGGAUAUAUAACACAGUGUCCUAAUCUGAAUCGCACAUGCCCAACCUGCAGUGAUUUCUUAAGUCUGGUGCAAGGAAUCAUGGAUUUACAAGAGCUCCUGGCAAAAAUGACUGCAAAACUAAAUUAUGCAGAAACGAGGCUUAGUCAAUUGGAAAACUGUCAUUGUGAGAAGACUUGUCAAGUAAAUGGAGUGAUCUAUCGAGACAAAGACUCAUGGGUAGAAGAUGAUCACUGCAGGAAUUGCACAUGCAAAAGUGGAGUAGUGGAGUGCCGAAGGAUGUCCUGUCCCCCUCUGAACUGUUCUCCUGACACCCUCCCAGUGCAUAUGGGAGGCCAGUGCUGCAAAGUAUGCAGGUCUAAGUGCAUCUUUGGAGGCAGAGUGUUAGCAGAAGGUCAGAGGAUUUUAACCAAGAGCUGCAGGGAAUGCCGAAAUGGAGUUUUAGUAAAAGUAACAGAGACCUGUCCUCCAUUGAACUGCUCAGAAAAAGAUCACAUUCUUCCAGAGAACCAGUGCUGCAGCGUUUGCAGAGGUCAUAACUUUUGUGCAGAAGGCCACAGAUGUGGUGACAAUUCAGAGUGCAAAAAUUGGAACACAAAAGCUACUUGUGAAUGCAAGAAUGGUUAUAUCUCUAUCCAGGGGGAUGCUGCAUAUUGUGAAGAUAUUGAUGAGUGCGCUGCGAAGAUGCAUUAUUGUCAUGCCAAUACAGUGUGUGUUAACCUGCCUGGAUCAUAUCGUUGUGACUGUGUCCCCGGAUACAUCCGUGUGGAUGAUUUUUCAUGUACAGAGCAUGAUGAAUGUGGCAGCGGACAGCACAACUGUGAUGAGAAUGCAAUCUGUACUAACACUGUCAGGGGACAUAGCUGCACCUGCAAACCUGGAUAUGUGGGGAAUGGGACCAUCUGUCGAGCAUUCUGUGAAGAGGGAUGCAGAUACGGUGGGACGUGUGUGACCCCUAACAAGUGUGCCUGCCCUUCUGGAUUCACAGGGAGUCAUUGUGAGAAAGAUAUUGAUGAGUGUGCAGAGGGGAUCAUUGAGUGUCACAACCAUUCACGCUGUGUUAACCUCCCAGGGUGGUACCACUGUGAGUGCAGAAGCGGUUUCCAUGACAAUGGAACCUACUCAUUUUCCGGGGAAUCCUGUAUUGAUAUUGAUGAAUGUGCCUUAAGGACCCACACCUGUUGGAACGAUUCAGCCUGUGUGAACUUGGAGGGAGGUUUUGACUGUCUGUGUCCCUCAGGACCAUCUUGCACUGGUGACUGUCCACACGAAGGUGGCUUGAAGCGGAAUGGUCAGGUGUGGACAUUGAAGGAAGAUAGGUGCUCUGUUUGUUCCUGUAAGAACGGGAAGAUAUUCUGCCGGCGAACAGCUUGUGAUUGUCAGAACCCCAGCGUUGAUCUCUUUUGCUGCCCAGAGUGUGACACACGAGUGACCAGUCAAUGUUUAGACCAAAAUGGUCAUAAGCUGUAUCGUAGUGGGGACAACUGGACCUACGGCUGUCAGCAGUGCCGUUGUCUGGAAGGGGAAGUGGAUUGUUGGCCUCUUUUAUGCCCAGAUCCAAACUGUGAGUACACAGCAAUCUCAGAAGGAGAGUGUUGCCCCCGCUGUGUCAGUGAUCCCUGUCUGGCUGAUCAGAUCACUUACGAUAUCAGAAAAACCUGUGUAGACGGCUAUGGAAUCACAAGACUCAGUGGCUCCAUAUGGACAAUGGCUGGAUCUCCGUGUACAACUUGCAAAUGCAAGAAUGGGAAUGUCUGCUGUUCUGUGGAUUUAGACUGUCUUCACAAUAACUGAAGCAUUAAGAUUGGACUCUUCUCUGUGAGGAAAACUGAUGCAGUUAACAUCUUAAAUGAAGUUGUAAGAGUUGAUGUUUUAUACAACAGACAAUUACCAAAGUCUCCACCUGAGGAAGAUGUUUGGGAGUUGCCUUUGGGACCUACCACUAUGCUAUCCUUGUCUGGGUGACUUUACAGUACAAAGCAUAUAAGUCUAUAGUUGUUAAAAAAGUUUUCAGUGUUGUAAAUUAUACACUUUUCCUGUCAAAUCAUUUACAAAUACCUUUAAAUUAUUUCAUGGGUAAACUAAUGAUGUAAUUUUGGUUUAAUUUGUGUAUUGACAACAUGAUUGAAACUCAGAUUAUUUUACUUUGGAUCUAGAUUCUACAACUAAGGCUGCCUGUUGUGAUUUUGUCCCAUAAUACUGCAUACUUAGUUCUGAGGUCCCUGUCAGAUGUAUUUAUGAAAAUAUGUAUGUAUGUACAGUCAAAUUGCAUAAUACUUAUAUUUCAUAGCUGUCACACAUUGUAAAACAUUCCAAAGUACAUUUGACUUGUACAGGCUGGGAGUAAUCGAACCUAAGUCUACCUUUAAAAAAAACCAAAACACACAAACACAUUUUCUUUUCCAAACAUACGAACUAGUAGCAGAAUUCCUGUAUUGAGUAGUAAAGCACAUAUCCAGUGCCCUUUCAACACAUAUCCAGGAAACAAUGCCCCUUAUUGAUAUCAGGUUUAGCAGAGUGGUCUAGUUUGCAAGUGACACUGCAAAUACUGGAUGUUGGUGGCAUUCAUCUGGAUUGUGAAGCAAUCAAAGGGCUUUAAACUUGUAUAUUUAGAAUGGGGUGGGCAUGUCCAUACUGCAGUUGAACAUGCACUGCUGGUCUGUGGCAGCUGAU